UGGAUAAAACUACCCUGAUGAUAGGACUAGGAUUUUUGUUCAUCGUCAUAGUAUUCUGUAUUCUGUUUGCCAUAGGAUAUCACUUUCACAGAAAGAACCAUGCAUUAUACGAGAUGAAAUGGAAGAUAAAUUGGGAACAUGUUCAGCUAAAACUCACAGGAUCAACAAUGACGUUUGGAAGUUACAAAUCUGUUAAUACCUUUCAUGAUUCAACAAUCGAGCCGGAAAUUCUAUCCACCAGGACCAACGAGACAAAUCGACAAGUGUUCACUACUGUUGCUUUUUGUAGAGGAGUUAUUGUGGCUAUACGAAAAUUCGCAUUUUCUUCCAUUGACCUCAAUAAAGACAACCUCAUUGAAUUGAAACAGUUGCUGUCUUUACGACAUACAAAUGUUGCCACUUUCAUAGGCGCUUGUGUCGAUGUGGGAAAAAUAUCCGUGAUGAUGGAAUAUUGUCCUAAGGGAAGUUUACAGGAUAUUUUGCAAAACGAAAGCAUUGAAUUGGACUGGACGUUCAGAUGUUCUCUCAUCCAAGAUAUUAUAAUGGGAAUGAAUUACUUGCAUGGAAGUGACAUCAAAAUUCAUGGUCGAUUAAGCAGUGCUGCGUGUGUUGUUGACCAAAGAUUUUCAUUGAAAUUACGAUGUUAUGGUCCGAAGUGUUUCUAUGAAAAAGAGGCAAUAAAGAAAUCAUCAGUAAAUUACAAUAAACUUUUAUGGACAGCCCCUGAAAUACUGCGAUCGAAAUACUGGAACCCAGGAACACAGAAAGGGGAUGUAUACAGCUUUGGAAUUAUCCUCCAAGAGAUCGUGGACAGAGCUGCCCCAUUCGAUAGCCACGCUAUGAUUGCAGAUGAUAUUGUCCACAGAAUAACAAAUGUAGAGAGUCCACCAUUCCGACCACUGCUAAACGACAGAUAUUCAGAAAAAUUAAAUAUACUGAUGACAGAAUGUUGGUCCGAAAUCCCCGAUGAUAGACCUACAUUUGACGUCAUAAUCAAAAGAUUCAAAACAAUCUUUAGAGGUCGGAGUAACAAUAUAAUGGACAACCUGAUCAGAAGGAUGGAACAGUACGCCAACAAUCUAGAAGGACUUGUCGAGGAGAGAACAAAGGCGUACGUGGAGGAGAAACGAAAAGCAGAGAAUCUGUUAAAUCGAAUGCUCCCCAGGUGA